AUGCAUUGCUGUGAUUUGCCCAUGCCAAACAUCCAACUAUCGUCUGUAUACACAUCGUCACCACUGGCAUUCCAUCUGCGGCGAAAGGUUGAAACACACACAUUUGCCAUUCGCAACCUUUCCACUGCACCAAAAUCACUGUCACCAAAAAUUGCCAACAGCACAAACGCCAACGCCUCCAGCACCACAACCGCAAUAACCAAAAGCACAACAAUAGCCACCACCACCACCACAUCGACCACAAGCCCUCCAGCCAUAGCAAUAAAAACUCAAAUUUCUUCAGCCGCUGAAAUUGCAUUUAAGGCAACGUGUCCGCCACAUCAACAGCAGACUACACAAUCAACUCAUCCAAGUGAAAUAAAAACAACUACAACAGCACACCAGACACAGCCACUGCUAAAGGCGACCAGCAAAGUAAAGCAAAAAGUACGCAAAAAAAGACAAAUUACAUUUAAUUCUGUGCCGGUGCAACGUCACGCCCCCUUUUCAUCGAAGGGCGCAUUACUAACAGGUGCUGGAGCGGCAGAAAGCCAACAAAAGACUGAACGAUUUGCAAAAUCACAACAUACGUGCGGUGCAACGGCCGUCACGACGGUUGCGCCUGCGCGUGCACUGGCGGGAGGAGCGGAGCGCAAAGGUGUGCCCGCAACGCAAUUGAAAUCGGCAAGAGCGCAACCGCCGGCGGCUGCAAUUGCCAGUCACCCAAUCACAACAAGCAUAACUACAGCAAUAACUAAGACUGCAACAACAAUACCACAGGCACCACACCAACCGCCACCGCCCCCGCUACAGCAACAGCAGCAAACCCACCAUAUACCAACCAUCCCAAGCUUCAAGCCAGCGGUGAAGCGGUUAAGUAGCGGCAGCAUUGGCAGCAUUGGUGCUACCAUCAGCGCCGCCAGCGGUAUAAAAGCGACACGCGCACGCUUAGCACAUUUUCUGAAAAUCCAAUCGCCGAGCGCCCGUAAAGCGCGAGCACGUCGAAAAUCGUCAACACCCUCGGCUGGUUCGCUAAUUGUGGUCGAUAUCGCUGGUGCGGCAGCUGGUGGUCGGGGUGUGGUAUUUGAGGGGUGUGGUAAAGCAUCAUCGGGUGCACCUAUUACAACACCGCCAGCAAGUGGAUUUGGCAAUUUACCUGUGAUAGUAGCCGAGAGUGGUGGAAAAGCGGGGAGUGCUGGUGCUACAGCAGGUGUAGGAUUACCUGUGGAUGCAGGCGAAGACGGUGCAACGGCAACAGCAACAGCGGCUGCAACGUGGUGCGGCGGCGUUAAUUUCUUGGUGUAUAUGGUGUGCUCAUUUUGUUGUUGUUGCUACAAUUUUCGCAACACACCAACAAGAAGAAUGGCGAAAGAUUUUUACAAGAAGCUUUUUUCACGGAAGAAACACUCAGAGAUUUGCCAUUGCUAGCCGAGGGGAUGCCACGGUUAGUAAAAAUGUGUCGGCCAUUUAAUGCUGCAGUACAACAGGCAGUAUUCGGGCCUAUUCUAUUAUACUGCGCCUAUUCUAUAUUUUGCAGGCAGAAAAUUUGCACACCGCCAAGUUUACCCACAUUCAAAAUUAGUUAUUAUAAAUGUCGAUUAAUCAAAUUAGUAGUUUUCAAUUAUACAAAACUGUCCUGAGAUCCAAUUUAGAAAAUAUGUCACUAUUAAGAAGCCAUUUAAUGUAAAAAGCUGAAAGCCUAAAUUUUUUUGUUUGAUAAGAAAAAUGAAUUAUUGCAUCCACACUUAAAAAUAAAUAGCAUCAGGCCAAUGACCACCACGACCACGCUUACAGCACAAUAUCCUUUUCAUGUAAUUUUCCAUAACCAAAUUGCAAAGUGGCUGCCCUAUGUCCUCGAUAGCCUCAGGAAUUCUAUGUUUGAGAUCUUGAAUCGACCCUGGGCUGUGGACGUAGACCUUCUCUUUCACGUGGCCCCACAGAAAAAAGUCACAACGUGUUAAAUCAUAAGAUCUCAGUGUCCACUUGUGAUCACCUCUUCGAGAGAUAACACGUUCCGGAAACGUUUCCCGUAAAAGAUCAAUGGUUUUGUUGCUUGUGUGGCACGUAGCGCCGUCUUGUUGAAAAUAAACGUUGUCCAGAUCAAUAUCAUCCAAUUCCGGCCAUAAACAAUUGUUAAUCAUCUCUCGAUAGCUUUUAUAUAUUUAAAUAACACCUGUUAUUGGAAAUCCCUUUAGUUGAUUGUCUCUAACUUUUGAAAAUUAUUAGUUUUAAUGUUCCAAUGCGUAAUCACCUCAAAUCUUAUCCCUUCCAUUGGGCAAAUGUUAAAACUGGGUUGACUACUAUUACUUCCUCAGCUGAUUGAUUACCUAGAAAUGUUAUAAUUAACUUUGCCUAGCCUAAACAAGUUUUUAUUAUGUUUUUUAAUACAAAGUUUCUCUUUGCUUUGAACUUUUUCUGUAAUUCUAAGUUUCUUAGACGUAAAGAGUAUGUAAGAAAUAUUGUUCAUAGACUGGCAGAAGAAAAGCAAAUAAUCAUGUUAUAAUCACAUCUUACUGCAAAAGUGGUUAAUUUCGUUAUAUUUCAUAUUCCUCCCAGUUUUCUAUUGUAUUUUUAAGAAAGUCUCUUCUAAUUCAAUAAAUCCCUUUCAGCUGUUAAGAACAGCCAAAAUCAGCGACGAUCGUUCAAUACUUAAAUAUUUGUGUAUGUACAAACAUAUGUAUGUAUUAAAUUUGGUUAGAUGUUUUCCAAUUGUAAUAGCGAUUGUACAAACAAGACCAGUAAAGGUUUCUACUUUUUUUUUAACUGAACUAUACACGCCUCUAAAUGUCAGCAUAUCGCCUGUAUGUUAAAUGUCAUUUUCUAUUCUGGCAUUCACGCAUAUAAAAGUGACAUUUGUGCAGUUGUCAAAAUUAUGAGAAAGGUAAACAAAACAAAGAAUAGAUUACAUCAAGUGAAAUUUCUCUCUAUCUCAACAACAACACUGCAGCAUCAGCUCUGCGCAGCUAAUAUAUUUUUCUUGACAACUUUGCACAGAGCGUACCAUAUACCUAUACUGAUUUUCCGGCGUUCUUAUUUCAUUUUCGGGUCGGUAGCAUACGCAUAAUACGCGCAUUAUAAACACAAUAAUUUGACAGUGACAGAGAUUUGUAUUCUUUGUUUAUCUACUAAUACUUUCGCAGAGGAAAUGCGCGCUCUUUCAUGCGCCGCAUCUGCAUAUCGUACGCCAUUUUUACUCUGCUAUUCAUUUCAUAUGACCACCCAACUAUGGUCGUCGUUCCAUGCUUCCAAUUUGUUUAGCGUUAGGCGCUACUGGUUGUUUGCGCUCUGCUCAAAUCCACGAAUUGUGAUUUAUGCGCUCCUCGAUGCUGCUCACCCACUUGGUUUUAUAAACGAUGUUCUUUGCAUGUACAUACAUAAGUGUAUAUAUGUGUAUAUGCAGUAUAUACGUUUGCUUACUUUAUUGUGUAGCAGCAGCGCGUAUCUCGCUCGCUUUUUCUCUCGCGUACUAGCUCUGUUCCGUCUUGAUUCGCCGAUUGGUCUGGGCUACUCGUUAUCACCACCUUUAGCAUUUGUCUCUACUUGGUGCUCACUGUGCUUUGUGUUCGUCGCCUUGUGAUGGAACGCCAGCAUAAACAUCGUACAAUUUUAAUGGCAUUGUCGAUGGCUGCACAAUCCCCUUCACCUUACUCGCGCCCCUCUAGAGCGCAGCCAGCCGGCCUUGUCAUCGUCUCGUAAUCAGUAACGUCGAAACACUGCUAACGUCGGCAAUGUCACACCGUUGCUUCUAAUGGUGUUGACAUGAGUUUAUAAUCGUGAAGCAGCCACUUCGCUCCGUGGGUAUUCUCUGCUGUGCUCCAACUACUGCCUGGUUUACUACAGCGCAGGGUCUCUAACAAAAAGCGCGCACACUUGUGCUCCAAUGCUCUCCCGCUCUCUUUAAUUCUCGCGCUUGCCUACUUGCUCUCAACAGCAUAUUCUUUUUCAUGAUUUAUUUAACCUUCCAUUUUUCUUUCGCCGCUCACCUCCGCAAAGUCGUUGACACACUCCUCCGUGUGUGUGUGUGUGUGUGUAGAAUUUUUGUGCAGUUUUUCUCGCCACCAGCGACAUCGUCUUCAUCGGUGUUCAUAACUUCGUGCGGUUCGUGAUUUUCAACGUCUCGAGUUAUCGAUGUCGCGGCGACGAUGGCGUGGUGAGACAUAUAAAUUAUUUAAGCUAUUUAACAUUUUGCAAAGUUUUUAUUGCUAAAAAUUAUAAAUUCUUUGCAAAUCUGUACGUUGGUUAAACCCGUUAACGAUACGCGUGCGUGUGCUGACAGACAAACGAAAAUGUGUAAGGUAUUCUGGUGAAAAAAAUACUUAUUGAAAAAAAAACGUACGAAAGAAAAAUUUGCUAUUGCCAUUAGCAUUGAGUGAGGUGGACAGUGCAGUGCAAUACAACGCCACAGAAAAGUAUAAAAAAAUAGAUUCAGUCGUCACAAGCACAACCAGCUGCAGUGGCGUGGCAUCAUAUAUUAACCACCCAAAAGCUGGUGAUAAUAGUGAUUAUAUGAAAUUAAAAAAAGUGUUUAUUCGGAACAACGAACAAAAGCAUUGGUUUAAGUGCAGAGGACGAAAGUGAGGAUAGAACAAACAACAAAAAAGGUGAAUAAGCAAUGCAACAGUGCAGUUUCUCAAAUGCAACUGUGGUGCUUCUACAUGUGUGUGUACGCGCGCGAGAAUGUCAAACAAUUGCAGUUUGCUUAAGUGAAUUAAAUAAAAUGAAAAACGAAGCUUAGGCUGCCGCUAACACCACAGGCCACCGUGGUGAGACAAGCUGGCGCUGAUACAGUCCGGCUAAGUUAACUAACGACGGGCAGUGCUAGUAUAGAAAUUUGGAUGUGAAAAUGAUUUAAAAAAAAUUAUUUAAAAGUGAAAAAUGAAGAUGUGUAAAGGAAUCGCGAUAUGAGGGCUCGACACAGCUCAUUACAUUGAGGUAUAUGUCAUUUAUACAUAUGUAUGUAUGCACACUCUGUGCAAAGGUUUGGCAUUAACUAACCCAUAAGUAUGUAUGCAUACGCUUAGAAGCAAUUCGGGAAUAUCUAAUUGGUUGUACUUAUAUCCUAUACAUAUUUACGAUUUAUAUUCAAGCAAGCGCACAUGCAACUUUAUCUAUGCAGAAACAUACAUACAUACAUAUGUAUGCAUACUUAGAGAAGAUAAAAGAGUUAUAAAACGUUUGUUACCAUAAAUUAGUACGCAGUUUGCAAGCCACGCAAAUUUAAUGAGCGUGUAUCGAGAUGAAAGUCAAGGCCGACCAAGCGACUAACUAAGUAAAUACCACCCAACCCACGCGCAAACAAACCCACCACCACAAUCCCACUUUUGAAUAAACCACUGCCGGCAGAUAGUAUGAUGGAAAGGAUGGAAUGAAAAGGCUGAAACUUUUACAACUUCUUUAUAUUUAACCUGUUUAUAUUUAUUUUGGCAAACUUUUUUAUUAAUGUCCCACGUUUUGAAAGAAACAAAAAAGCCCUUAUAAGGGGACGGGAUUGUGAAAGUUUCUUCCACAUUGUAAAAGUAAAAACCCCACAUUUAGAAAACUGGUAUAUUUUAAGUUAUUUGACUUCAAAGCUUGCCAAAUCGGCCGACAUUUCUCCUAUUUUGAGUAUUUCAACAAGAAAAAAUGCUACCAGAAAGCUGAAAAAGACCAAAUGUUACGGUUUAUA